ACAGUGACACCAAAGGCUUGAGUUCUUUGCACAUCGCUGUCACCGAAACAAGAAAGCUAAACAAGAAGCUGAUCUUUACUUUUCCUCACAAUGUGCAAACACAUCCUCAACGCCCAAGUAUCAAUCCGCUCGCCAUGCUGCCGUAAAUGGUUCGAUUGCCCUGAAUGCCACGCAGAGCAGGAAUCGCAUCCGUUGCUCCAGCGGUUCGAGAUGACGUUCGCCUGCAAGAAGUGCAAAAAGUGCUUCCGCAAGGACGCGUCCGAGUUUGAGGAGGCCGACGAGUACUGCCCGCAUUGCGACAACCACUUUGUGCUGGACGCCGUCACGCCCAAGGCGGCCAUCAGCGUGGAAGGGGAAGACGCGCGGAUCGACAGCCGGAUGAUCAAGGACGAGCGGGUCAAGAGCAAUGGGGACAAGAUCACGGUGUUUGAUCCUGAUAAGGAGGCGGAUAAGCUGGGUUGAUUUCGGUCUACAGCUUUUCCCCUUGGAAUGAGGAGAAAGGAGAAAGGGAAUAGAAAAGGGGUAAUGAUUUAAGCGGGCGUAUUAUUGGUGAGGUUUACUUAGACGAGAGAUACCCAAAAGAGCGGGAACGAGUAUGGAAAGACGGGAUCGAGAGCAUGUUGCUUCGCCGUGACUGCAUUCGUGGUAUAUUCUUACAGAAAAGCUGCCCUCUACCUCACCGCCAGAUGCCAUCCUCCCAGCUCCGGUUCUGGUCCGCUCUAGUGGUCAC